GUAAAUAAACAGGGAGGGGCAGACAAAUUUCUAUGUUUAGAGAAGGAGGCUUAUUAGUGAAGAAGGCUUAAUUACUGUUCUCUUAUAUUCUAAAGGUAAGCAGGGCAAAUUCCUUUUGCUAGUAAAAUUGUUUGGGUGCAUUGUGGGUUAAUAACAUCCAGGAAUGAGUCGAUGAGUGUUGGGGGGGGGGGGUAGAACCAAUAUCCUUGCUCUAAGUACCAUAUUACCUGGUGAAAAGUUGUCCCUCUAUUCUUAAUCAUUGUCACUUUAUCAUUGUAGCCCCCCUCCCCCAGUUCCUUGAUCUGACCCCGCCUCCAGUUGAGUAAAGCAUAGUGCUCGUUCGUUGGUCUUGUAGCGUCCAGAAUUGUCGUCACGCUGGGAAAGUUGCCGUGGUAGACACGCCCAUGCUUCUCAUCACGUUCGUAGGACAGUUGAACUUGUAAUGGAGGUUCGGACGUAUACAGGUGAGUCUGGUCAUGUGGUCUAUCUGGGUUGAUGAAAGGUUUCCUAGAGGGUGUAGUACUGUACUCUGAGCAUGUUGCUGACUGCAGUAAAAUUGCUUUGUAAGAAAAUAUCUACAAAAAAACACACUAUGCAUAAUUAUUCAGAUCAAACCAGUUGAUGCUUAGACCACAAAUUUCGCAUAUAUGAACACAAAUAUUAUGUGUAUACUCGAUUUUAAUAUAAUUUGUUUUUUCAUUGUUUUGACAAUCUACUUGCUGAAGUUCAUAUUGUUUUGACUUGUUUGUCAUUGGUACAAAAUAUUUUAUACUUGAAUUUAUACCUACCUUAUAUCUUUGCGCUCGAGAAAAGAGCAAUUUUAAGGGGAAAAAUAGUGUCAUUUACUUAUCAUUAUGUUUUGUUUCUGAUAAAACUAAAUUCAUUAUUUAAAAUGGCCGCCAUAUAUAGUAUCCAGUUUUAAUUUCGAGAUCAGAGGGGUCAAAUAGUCUGAAAAUAUUGCAUGCCUAUAUGCCUAUUAGUAUAUAUAAAGACGUUAGCACUAAACAAGGUGAAGUUUAGUUCUCUGUAAAUAGUUUUGUGUGAAAAUAACUUCUAGUUGUCUUUCUUUUUUUCAUGAUAAUAUUGUGGGUCAAGUGUAUUUGAAUAAUUUGAUGACUUCAGCAAAACUUGAAAUUAGCACGACAGAGCCACCUUAACAAGACACCUGCUGGUAUUUGCAAGAAGCUUCAUGUCUGGCGUCCUGUCUGCAAAUUCUGUUCAAAAAUCAUGAUUUAAACACUUGUCAACCACAAGGAACUGUUGUUUUUUCUGUGGGAAUUGUAAUUCAUCAUUUAUACCUCAUUAUUUGGUUAAAAGCUGCCCCCGUUUGGACAUAAAUUAUAUUUAUUUGAGCUGCAUCAAAAUGUCAACAAGGACUCUGCCAAUAUUAUUCUUGAACCUCGGAGGUGAAAUGCUGUAUAUUCUAGACCAGAGGCUUCGAGCACAGUCUAUUCCACAAGUAAAAGCACAAAAAGGUAAGAAAAUAUAAAAGAAAUUGCCUUCAUAGGUGUAUUUUAAUAAAUAUCGUCUCAAAAACCUGCAGAAAUCUUGCAAAUAUCAUGCAGCAAUAUUUCAAUGUCCCGUUUGUGUAUAAAUUUUAUCAGUCAUUUUUAAUCUGUCAUUUUAUGUAUUUUGCUUAAUCUUGUAAUAAAUAAUGCUGGAUUAUUGUUUAAAUGUUUGUGAAAGCAUCAGUUGAGUUUAUUUUAUAAAUGAGAAUAGUUUGUUUUGGUUUGAGGUUGCUGGGUUGUUUAGACAACAAGACAAAGCUGUAAUUGUAACACCUGGCCAUGGUAUAGAGACUAUACACAAGUCAGACUUCUUGGUUUUCCUAUAAUUUUGGUAUAACCGUAAUUCGUCGUCAAAUUGUUGACCCAUGGUCCUAUAGCCAGAGUGUUUGUGAGAGGCAUUCACCCCCUGAUAAUAUUGAAAAUGGCAGAUGUCCUGGGGGAAUGCCUCUCAUAAGCACACUAGCCCAUGGCACAGAUGAUAGAUAAUACCAGAUGUCUCACUCAGCCAAAAUUAUGAGCACGCAUUGGCAGCCAUUUUGGCAGUAAGUGUAAUCCACGCCAUGAAACGUGAGCAAUCACAUAUUUUGGCAGUAAGCACCAUUUUGGCAGUAAUUAGUGUUGCAUGCGUCAUCUGGCAUGAUAGCUUCGCAAAAAUCGCGUACACGAAAAUUGUAGUUAUAGGUAUAGAGUGAUACAUCUGGUAUUAUCUAUCAUCUGUGCCCAUGGCGUCAGCAUUGUGAUGACGAAUUGUGGCGUGUCAUUGGUUAUGCUUUUUUGACUGAGUCAACCUUCUGUGUGUCUGUAUUCUGUGACCUGGCUUGGCAAGACCUCACCACAUAGUUUUUUUCUAUAGUAAAAUUACUUUGUGUUUAUAUGAAUGCCUAGGAUGUUUUGGUUCCACUGUUUGGAAAGAUUAGAAAUUGAAAAUUUCCUGGUCAAUAUAUAGAAAAUGCCAAAAACUCGUUCCAGAAAAGACGCAGACUCCCGUACUAUGAUGUUCAAAGGGGGCAGGGGUUCCAAUUUCCUCAGGGUGGUGAUGUUUUCUCAAGCUUUUACUUACUGGUAAUUUUUGUACCAAAUUGUUUAUUUUUAUUAGUUCUACACGAUAUAAUUGGCAGUAUGUUUAAUAAAAGAUUUAUGGAAGAAUUAUUCAAGCCCCAAGAUGCGUAUUCCAAGAAAGCAAUGAGAACUGUGUUUGAUAGACUUGCGCAUGCUUCCAUCAUGAGACUUAACUCAGCCAGUAUGGACAAGGUAUGAUUGCAUUAUGACUAAUUUAUUUGCCAUACAUACAGGCAUGCAAUUUCAUGCUAUGGGUUUCUUAAUUUGUGACUAAUUAUUGUAAUGAUUAUUUUUUGUAGUUAUAUGAUCUUAUGACUAUGGCAUUGAAAUAUCAGGUAUCACAUACACGUCACGAUUUUGCGCAAUUCACUUGAAACUACUCAUUGUCAAAUGACGCCUAAAAUACACCAAAGCUAAGCAUGUGUGCUUUUGUCACAGAGGAGAGAUAUAUAUACCCUAGCUGUACCUUUCUAACCUAUUAAAGCUAAUGAUGCUAAACAUUUCUCUCGUAGGUUUUAUUGAGCAUGAGUCCUCGAGAUAUCCUCCUCAUUACAUUGAAUCACAUGGAUGCUGUGAGAAAGUUUGUUGAAGGCAAUGAUAAUGUGAUGGAACUAGUGCAUAAUGUUUAUAAAUUACUUUACCAGGUACUGUGCUGCAUGGGAAUCAUCUAUAACAUCAACCCACUAGCAUGGGUACAUGGUACUUUACAGUACUUUUACCAGAUGAUUUUAUUUGUUAAGGGGAAAGUGGUGGCAUUAAUUAGAUUACCUGGCUUUGUGUAUCCAUUGAGCACCAGCUAGUGCUCUCCCCUUGACAAGUAAAAUCAUCUGGUGUUAGACAGAGUAAAUAAUAAUGGUGCAAUGUAAUGACAGAUUAUUUAAAUUUAUUCAUCAAUGGGAUGAGUUCUGGCACUCAUUGGUUUAAUCAGACUAUCUACUCAUGUAUGUGUCUUGAUCAACCCAUUGAGUUACAUUGUGCCCCAGUACCAAAUGAUUUAACUUGUCAAGGGGAUAGUGCUUACAAUCUACAGGCCCAUCUAAUUAAAAUCAUAUUUUUUCUAGAACUAUGCCUCUCUGAGCUUAGGCCAAUUUCAACUUAUCCGGCAGUCACUGCUUGCAUUCUUGCAAGACCUUCAUAUCCGGGUAAGUCUGUAGUAACAGAUCGCCUUUUCCAUUUUAUAUCCACCCGAUUCGCAGCAACUUAAAUGCCAUCCAUGGAGUAAUAUUGUGCAGUGUUUUUUUAUCAUGUAAUGUGGAUAAGAUUUGCCUCCAAACCCUGUUAUAACUGACCAUUGAAAUAUGAAAAAUAGUCAAUAUUCAAAUGUUUUCUCAAAUCUAUGCAAUGUAUGCAUAAUGCACAAUUUUGAACCUUGCACGUAGGUCUCAAUAUUUUUGAAAGACAGAGUUCAAAACACAAACGGCAAAUUUGUAUUGGCCACUGAUGGGGCUGUUCCAUUCACUUCAGAAGUUCCAGGAACAAUUAGGUAAGAGAGACAUUGUAUGUUUUAUGAUGCAAUGCAUUCAUGUCAGAGUUAGUCACCAGCUGCUAAACUACAAAUUUACUCCCAAAUGCACACUAAUGCUAAAAUAGGAUCAUGCUCACAGUUUGUCAACAAGAUGUGCUCGCACUAUUUGUUUGCAGUUGUUGUGACAAGUCUGGAACAAGUUGUUAUCAUCUUGUUACAAGGUUGAUGACGGUAACAGACUUGCUACAAGUUGUUCCAACAAGACUAAUACAGGCUGUUCGUAACAAGUUGCUACGAGCUUGUUGUCAUCAACUUGUUAACAACUUGUUACGUGCAGACGAUAUCAGACUUGUUGGAACAACUUGUUGCGAGUCUGUUGGCCUCAUCAACCUUGUUACAAGAUGAUAACAACUUGUACCAGAUUUGUCAACAACUGGGAACAAGCAGUGCGAACAUAUCUUGUUGACAAGCUGCGAGAUGUCUAUGUACGCGUGGACGAGACCUCUUUACAGUGUCUUAAUUAUUUUAUGGGUCCAGGAAAAUUUAGUCUGAAAUUUUGCUUUUCAGUUAAUGACACAUAAUAAAAAGCCAAUCGUUCAUCUACAGUUUGAGUUCGUCCAACACAGGACUAAGUUUUGAUGCAUGAUAAUGAACUUCCUUCCUCUAGAUAUUACGAUGAAAAUGGUAAAGUGUUUAAGACGAAUGAGUUUGAUAGCGGAUGUAAACAUCAUUUAUCUGACAAGCAAGGAUCUUUUGAACUGUUUGGUGAUAGAGUCAUCACUCUAGGAAUGAACAUGUAAGUUUUUACAACAACUUGUGAUAUUGGCACUAUGUUAUAAUUAACCUCACUGCACCUCUUUUUUUCAGAUGGCAAAACUCCCUUCUCAAAUGGCAAAACUCCCUUUUCAGAUGGCAAAACUCCCUUCUCAAAUGGCAAAACUCCCUUUUCAAAUGGCAAAACUCCCUUCUCAAAUAGCAGAACUCCCUUUUCAAAUAGCAGAACUCCUUUUUCAAAUAGCAGAACUCCCUUUUCAAAUAGCAGAACUCCCUUUUCAAAUAGCAGAACUCCCUUUUCAAAUGGCAAAACUCCCUUUUCAAAUAGCAGAACUCCCUUUUCAAAUAGCAGAACUCCCUUUUCAAAUAGCAGAACUCCCUUUUCAAAUAGCAGAACUGCCUUUUCAAAUGAAACAACUGUCCAAGCCUGGUCACGGAGUUGAAAGACAGAUGUAUUAUGUACCUCCAAGCAUAACAACUAACACUAUAUGUAUUCCGCUCAGGUACACAGCCGCCAGACCCGUUGAGACAUCUCCUUCUAAAAUAUCCGCUCAAGAAACCAGCAGAAGUGGGUCGAUGACUACGCUUACUGAAGCUGUGAGUAUCACUGGAACAAAUCUUUAUCUUUUUACUACACAAUCUUACUACAUGUAUGCAUCUUUCAACCCUCAAGGAAUCAACAGAGAAUCCCAAUCCUAUCGCCAAAGCUGAACUAAAUCUUCUCGCUCACUUAAUGGGAGGCAGUGAUAACCCAAGUAAAGGUACGAAUGCCGUUGAACGACGAUGAUUGCAUUGAAAAUACGUUUCUUGUCUCUCAAGGCCGGAUUUUGGUGGAAAUCGGGGAACAUUUAGGAGAGGUGUAGCAGUCUAGCUCACCACCCCCAUGGAAAGUUAGGGCUUAGAAUGGGCCAAAGUUAACGACAUCACGUAUACAUGUAGCAUAUGUAUCAGUGUCUUAAUGAAUUAUGACUGUACAACUCACCCAAUUUUGCCCUUCAUUACAAUUACUACAAAUUAAGUUUCUUUCAAAACAUUAAAAGGGUACUUGACACAGAGCCGAAUGGCUAACACUGUUUCAAUUUUUACAUAAAAACGUCUUACGAAGUGUAGACCCUAAGCCAAAAAAUGUCAAAUUUUUACUUUGAUCUAUUAUUGAAACUUUUUCAAGGGGAGGUGUAUGACUUUUGAGAGAACUCAGGGGAGGUGCAAGAAUUAUCAGGCGUUCCCUGGCGCAACGAGUGUCUCAUAAGAUAUUUUCAGAUAUCGAAGCAACUACAUCGAGUUCUGCAUUAUAUUCACCUAGUUCGAGAGCGAAAUUGUUCACCCUGUCCGUUUAAAACUACAACUUGAUGUUUUUGUUUCCAGGCAACACAUUCCGACUCAAUCUUUUCAGCACUGACGAAGAAGAGCAGUAAGUUGACGGAACAGGCCUGUCCCUUCAUAAGAGGCUGGCGUACUAAGAAAUUGACUGCGUACCUUGACGUGUUCUUUUAAUAUUCAUCUGCAUAAUACACCUUUACUGUAUCUUGACUUUUAACCAAAUUGUAUGCCUUACACAAAUGUUCAUCAAAUUCUUUCGAACAGACAAACAACAAAGGUCAUUUCACACCAAUACAUAAGAACAUGACUGGCAAGAUAACGUCUUAAAAAUUCCUCUUGUGUUUGUUAUGUAGGAAAGCUGAAGUUCGUCGUGUCAAGCAACAUUCAGGAAAAGUCAUCACUGUCGAUGCCACGAAAGUAAUACACUUCUUUGAAUCGCUCAUUUUUCAUUACUUAACCAAUGCUGAUAUCUAUAGGUAUUGUUUUUCUAGGCUGGUCAACGUAACGAACUUACGAAGCUAAUGGACGAGUUCUCUAUUGAUGGAUCCACAAGCAGUGGUAGGAUUUAUUAACGUUUUCAAUAUUCGUAUUUUUACUUCCUAGCGUGACAUUUAACACACAAAGAAAAAUCUUCUCAAACAAAAAUGGUUAAUACUGUAAGAGAAAUUGCUGCACAUAUGGACUGUUAUUGCUUCCAGACUCUUAUUGCAUAGAGGUUCAGUAAGGCCCAUCUCUUAUUGUCUGGAGGUUCAGUAAGGAUCAACAGACUCUCUUAUUGCAUAGAGGUUCAGUAAGGACCAUCUCUUAUUGUCUGGAGGUUCAGUAAGGAUCAACAGACUCUCUUAUUGCCUAGAGGUUCAGUAAGGAUCAACAGACUCUCUUAUUGCAUAGAGGUUCAGUAAGGAUCAUCUCUUAUUGUCUGGAGGUUCAGUAAGGACCAUCUCUUAUUGUCUGGAGGUUCAGUAAGGACCAUCUCUUAUUGUCUGGAGGUUCAGUAAGGAUCAACAGACUCUUAUUGUCUGGAGGUUCAGUAAGGAUCAACAGACUCUCUUAUUGCAUAGAGGUUCAGUAAGGCCCAUCUCUUAUUACAUAGAGGUUCAGUAAGGCCCAUCUCUUAUUACAUAGAGGUUCAGUAAGGCCCAUCUCUUAUUGCAUAGAGGUUCAGUAAGGCCCAUCUCUUAUUACAUAGAGGUUCAGUAAGGCCCAUCUCUUAUUGCAUAGAGGUUCAGUAAGGACCUACUGGUCUAAUGUUACUACAGAAGAACACCGGACGCGCGGUUUGACAAUGCUGCGCGAUUUUUCAGGUUUUGAAAGUUAAGAAAACAGCCAAUGAAGAGAAAUUUUGAAAGGUAUUUAGAUCCAAUAACUCAAAAUGUUAUAGCGCUUCUAAAUAUUUGGAAAACUUCAACCAGGAUCAAAGUUAUCGGUCAGUGAAAAUCGAAAAAUCGCGCUGCGUUGUCGAAUCGCGUUCUAAGUUUCGGCCUGUACGUUCUUGCACCCCUAACAAGGUCUACCAAGGAAAGCUUGUUUCUAAUCAGAGUAUUGUUGUCUCACAGACGUAGAAACACCAUACCAUCAAUUCUGUUCUUUCUCUUUUAGGUAGCAAAGGCGACGAUUUGCUGGAGCUCAUGGACUCUGCAUAAUUUAGACGCUCGGACAAUCACUACAAAUUUUAAUUGUUCUUGUAUAAGUAUAAGCUGUACAUACUGUAUGCAAAUAUAAAAUAUUCUACCUUAAAUUGUAGACCUAGUUAUUUAAACUAAAGACAAAAAUAAAACUGACAAGACCUAAACUAA